AUGUCUGAGAAGAACAGCACAAACCAUGACUCGAGCCCAACUCUGGGGAUGUCGUCUCCUGUCAAAAGCACAUUUAAGUGCUGUGCACUAAAGAGCAAUUCCUGUUGCUGUAAUUGAGACAAAGCACUGACCACUGUACCAAGAAGACCGACCACCGCCUCGAGGAAGACGCCGCGCCGCCACCUGAAAGAAGACGCCGCACCUCCAUCACUCCAAGCCGCCCACCACCGAGCUUUGACCCGCCGACGGCACCGAGUCUCGGCAAACCUUGCCGCGGAGGACCCCGGACUUCAGACACACCGCUGCCGCCGCGGCUGGACAGCUGGAACCUUUUCCCCCCUCCAACAGAUUUUAGACUACUGGAAAAGAAACGCCUCACAUCAACAACAACAUAG